GAUAUCAAGGCAGGAAUGCAUGGAUUCAACUUAGGAUCUACUCUAGUCAAUGCUGAGGUUGAUUCCAUGGGGGGAGUUGUUGAUGGCGGAGUUGGAAUUGCUGCCGAAACCUCUUCGCUUCGAGCAGCAAUUGAGAAAGCUCAAGCAGAGCUUAGACAGGAGUACGAUGCGCGUGAGGAAUGGAGGAGAGAGCUGGAGUUUCUGGAGAAAGGUGGAAAUCCCUUGGAUUUCAAAUUUGUGAAUGCUGCUUCUGUUAGUGUCCAAUCUACUUCAGCAGCUGAUCGUCAUCCUGACCAAUUUGUGACCAGUGAAGCUAAAGAUAGUUUUGCUUUGACUGCUUCACCACGUGGAGAUUCUGUUGAAAGUAGUGGCAGACCUGGUGCACCUCCAGCUUGUGAACCCCAGUGUGCUGAUAAUCUUUUGUUAUUUGAUGGUGAAGGUGAAUUUCGUGAAGGUGAUGGGAACUCUGUACUUCCCACCAGGGAUAAUAUUUCUCCAUUAAAACAGUCUUCCCAGUUGGAUGGGAAACAGAAGGCCAAAGAAUCAGGGGAAUCCAAUGCUCUUGGCCUCCCAAAGAGUCGAGCAUAUAAGCGAAGAAACAGGUCUCGACCAAAUCGUGAUGGUGCUCGAUCAAGCUCAAAUGGUGGUAUGGCUCUUAAGGCUUUACCUUCUGAUGGUCGGUUAGAUAGGGAAUUGGGACGGUAUAAUCAGCAAAAUCAACGCUCGGAAGUUGAUGCUGAGGAAACUUAUGUUAUGGGUGCUGGGGGGCCUGAAUGUCCACCUUGUAUAGCUGCAACAAAAACUGAGGAUCAGUCCAUCUCAAUCCAGAUGAAUGGAGUUAUCGAUGAUGCCAAGGAAGAAAGAAAAGGCACAGAAAAUGAAGGUGAAAACAGCAUUGCUGAGUUCAGUGUAAAAGGUUUAGAUUUGGAAUCCUUGUGUACCCAAACCAGCCUUAUCUUAGAUGAAAAUAAUGAUGGUAACCUGUGCAAUAAUUUAAGAAGUGUCAAUUGCAAUGGAGACACUAAGGAAGGAUCUUUAUUGCUUGAGGGGACACCUAAUAUGGAAUGCAGUGACUUUUUACAAGAAAAAAAGGAGAAGACUGCUAGCAAUUGUGCUUUCGUUAAUGAUUUACCCAAUUCUGAUCUUCAAAGUGCCCUUGGUACGUCUUCUAUUCUCCAAUCCGAGGAAGAAAUAUAUGGAAGGGGGCCUGCCUUGCAAAAUCAGUUGGCAUGCAUUAAAAGUGCUGAGGUAAUGGGACUAGGUGGCAAUAAUACAUCACAUAUGGAGGCGACACCUGGAAAGUCAUUGAAUGAAAUGUUGAAUCCUCCAAAGGAAAGUAAUGGGAGUGAUACGCGUCGAGAUUCUACGGAUUCAUCUUUUUGUGACCAUAUUGGUUCCCAAAAAGAAAAAGGUAUUGGUGGACUUCAAGACUCCAUGGACCCCUCUAUUCGUGGGGUUUCAGGGACCACAAUGGCUACUAGGGUUUCCGCUGUUUCUCCUGUGCAACAAACUUGUUCUGAUAUCUCCUCAAAAUUGGUAAACAAGGAACAUGAAGAUUCUAUCUUGGAGGAGGCCCAGAUUAUAGAGGCAAAGCGUAAAAGGAUUGCUGAGUUGAAUGUUGGUACCAUGCCGUUGGAAAAUCAUCAGAAAUCUCACUGGGACUUUGUCCUCAAAGAAAUGGAAUGGAUGGCAAAUGAUUUUGUUCAGGAGCGACUUUGGAAGAUUAAUGCUGCUGCUCAAAUAUGCCAUCGAAUAGCUUAUACUUCCCGGUUAAAAUUUGAAGAACAAAAUGUAUGCCGAGAGCAAAAAAAAGUGGCUCACACCAUGGCAAAAGCUAUCAUGGAGUUCUGGCAUUCAGCAAAGGAGAUCGGAAAAGAGCAAGAGAUGCAUUGUGGAAGAGAUCUUUCACAUGCCGUCCUGGGAUAUGCACUGAGAUUUUUGAAGCAUGAUUCCUUUCGUGUUGUGGUUGACCUAGUAGAAGCACCGGCUAUGCCUAGCAGGAUGUCUGAUUUCAUCAUUCCAGAAAUGUCAUGGGAGGAUCACUUCUCAGAAGAAAUCCUCUUCUAUACGGUGCCUCCUGGUUCAAUGGAAAUAUACAGAAAUUUAAUUGAGUCUCACCUGGCACAAGCUGAGAAAAUUGGUAAUAGUGGCCAAGAAGAAACAGAUACUUCUACAUGUGAUGCUGCAGCAGAUAAUGCCUAUGAAGAUGAUGAAGUAGAAACAAGCACUUACUAUUUGUCAAGAGCCUUUGAAGGUCGCAGACCAACAAAGUCUUCCCAGAAGAAAAGGAAAAGCACACUGAAGUCAUAUAUUCAAAGAUCAAGAACAAAUGAUCUGGGAAUUGAUUUUCAGUUCCUGCAAUGCAUGGAAAAUAAAGUUGGGACUCACCCAUCUGUUCUAAUGGGAAAACGGCCUACCAGCAGUCUUAAUGUUGGUUCCAUCCCGACAAAACGUGUUCGAACUGCUUCCAGGCAGAGGGGUGUAAGCCCUUUCAGUGCUGGUACAUCUGGAGUUUUUCAGGGCCCCAGUAGGACAGAUGCCUCCAGUGGUGAUACCAAUUCUUUUCAGGAUGAUCAAAGUGCGUUGCAUGGUGUAUCCCAGAUCCCAAAUAGUUUUGAAUUUGAGUCUCUGGGGGACUUUGAAAAGCAAUUACCAUUUGACUCCGUAGACGUAUCAAAACCUAGAAAGAAGAAGAAGUCAAAGCAUCUGGGUUCUGCCUUUGAGCAAAGAUGGCGGCUGGAUAUCAAUUUACAGAAUGAGCAGAGGGAUCAUUCAAGAAAGAGAUUGGAUGGCCAUCAACUUGAAUCCAAUGGAAACAGUGGUUUAUUUGGCCAACACAUUAUGAAGAAGCCAAAGAUGAUGAGGCAAUCACAAGAUAAUUCUUUUGACAAUAUUACUCCAAUGACCGGAUCAGUUCCUUCACCAGUGGCUUCACAAAUGAGUAAUAUGUCUAACCCAAAUAAGCUCAUUAAAAUUGUUGGUGACCGCAAUCGGACAAGGAAAUCCAAAUUUUUGAAGAUGGCUGCUGAGCAGCAAGCUCCAGGAAGUUCAUGGUUACCAAUUGAAGAUCAGGCUCUUAUUGUCCUUGUACAUGAUAUGGGUCCAAAUUGGGAGCUUGUGAGUGAUGCUAUCAACAAUACUUUGCAAGACAAGUGCAUGUUCCGGAAGCCCAAGGAAUGCAAGGAGCGCCAUAAGAUUUUGAUGGAUGGGACUGCUGGUGAUGGUGCAGAUAGCGGUGAAGAUUCAGGAUCUUCUCAACCUUACCCAUCUACCCUACCUGGCAUUCCCAAGGGCAGUGCCAGGCUACUGUUUCAACAAUUGCAAAGCCCAGUGGAAGAGGACAUGAUCAAAUCUCACCUUGAGAAAAUCAUUAAGAUUUCACAAAAGCACCAUUACUACAGGUCACAGAAGGAUAAACAGGACACAAAACAAAUUCAGCCACACAGUUCUCAUAGAGCUGCUCUUUCUGAAGCUUGCCCAAGCAACCUGAAUGGGGGACCUCCUCUCACGCCUCUUGAUCUGUGUGAUACAAGUCCACCAAACCCUGAUGUUCUUUCCGUUGGAUACCAAAGUUCUCAUGCUAGUUUGGCAAUAUCAGGUCAGGGAACUGUUGCAUCUAUUCAUCCUUCUGGUGCAAAUUCUUCAUCACAAGGAUCCCCUAACAUGAGUUUUGCCAACAACUUUUCAUCUCCAUCUGGUCUGCUGAAUGCCUCCACAAGGGAUGGUAGAAGUGGUGCUUCUAGAUCAUCUUUUGUUGAUGAGCAGCAGAGAAUACAGCAAUAUAAUCAUAUGUUAUCUGGUAGAAACAUUCAACAGUCCAGCCUUCCUGUUUCUGGGGCUCCUCCAGUUACUGAUCGUGGUGUUCGCUUGUUGCCUGGUGGGAAUGGCAUGGGUAUUCUCAUGAACAGAAGUAUGCCUAUGGGACGGCCUGGGCUCCAAGGAAUUGCCCCUCCACCGAUGCUGAAAUCUGGGAGUAUGCUUGCUUCCAGUAUGGCAGUGAUGCCAGGCCCUAUUAAUAUGCCUUCUGGAGUUGGUUCUAGUCAGCCGAACUCAAUGUUAAGACCUCGAGAUGCUUUGAAUAUGAUUCGGCCUGGCCAGAACCCAGAUAAUCAAAGGCAGAUGAUGGUCCCAGAGCUUCAGAUGCAGGUCACGCCAGGGAACAACCAAGCUGUUCCACCUUUUGGUGGGUUGAGCUCUGCUUUCCCUAACAAAACAUCUCCUCCACCUGUUCAGGCCUACCCACUCCAUCAGCAGCAACAUCAGAUUUCAUCACAACAGCCCCAUGUGCUCAGCAAUUCUCACCACUCUCAUCUCCAAGGUCAGAAUCAUUCAUCAAGCAUCCAGCAUCAAGCUUAUGCAAUUCGCAUACCAAAGGGGGGAGAGUUGCAGCAGCAGCAGCGGCUAUUGCAGCAGCAACAGAACCAUCAACAAUUUGCUGCAUCAAAUGCUUUGAUGCCACAUGUACAACCCCAACCUCAACUGCCCCUUUCUUCAUCUUUACAAAAUAGUUCCCAUAUCCAACCUCAAACUUCUUCUGCAUCAGUAUCAUUGCCUCUGACACAAUCAUCCUCAAUUACUCCAAUCGCACAUCAGCAGAAGCUUCAUACGCCUCCUCAAGGGCUGAAUAGGAACCCUCAGACUGGUAAUGGUGGGUUGCCCAAUCAGAUGAUGAAGCAACAGCAACAGCAACAGCAACGGCAACGGCAAUCACAACAGCAACAGUCUUUCCAGCAAUCUGGCAGGCACCACCCUCAGCAGAGGCAACAGUCACAGUCACAGCAGGCUGCUAAACUUAUGAAAGGAGUCGGAAGAGGGAAUAUCCUUACGCAACAGAACCUCGCUAUUGAUUCCUCUCUUUUGAAUGGCCUCUCCACAACUCCAGGCAGCCAAUCUGCGGAGAAAGUAGAGCAGGUAAUGCAUUCAAUGCAAGGCCAGGGGUAUAACCAUCCUGUUCAAGUGUCUAAACCUUUAAUUUCCCCUCAUUCUUCAAAUCAGACCCACCCUCAGCAAAAGGUAUUUUCUGGCCCAACAACCUUGUCAUCAAAGCAAUUUCAGCAGGUGCCUUCUCAUCCAGAUAAUAGCAAUCAAGGACAUUCUGCACAAACAUCUACUGUUCAUAUGUUACCUGCUUCCCGUCAAGCUGUUCCACCAUUUGUGACUUCUUCAAACCACCAGCAACUACAGCGACAGCAAAAAUUAGCGAACCAAAAUCUGCCACCUGUUCAAAGAGUGUUUGAACAGAAUCAGCAACUGAAUGCUGACCUCCAAAACAAGUUACAAGCAGAUCAAGCUCGAUCUGACCAGCAGACCUUAAGCAGCUCACCUCAGAUGGGUACAGCAGCCAUGCCUAUGCCUUCUAUUGUUACAACUACUGCAAUGCCAGAUGCUUCAUCUUUGGGUGCUCAGUGGAAAACAUCAGAACAAACCUAUGAAUCUGGUAUGCCAGAUCCUGUACUGCAGUCAGCUCCUAUUGGGAGUCCACCUAUCACAAAUUCUGCUGGAAAUGAGUCCAUAUCUACAAUUAGCCAAGGACUAAUGCAGGGACAAUCAUCAGGUAGCUUGCAGUCUGUUACCCAUAACAGUGGUGCACAGUGGCAAAAGCAGCAGAAGUCACUGCUGCAACCGCUUUCAACACCUCAGCCCCUGUCCCCACUACAGCAGCGGCAACAGUCACCGCAACAGCAGUUACCACCUGGAAGUAGCACUAUGCAUGUCAGAACCACCAACUCCAGACUGGAAUGAGCACUUUUGACUGGCCAUUCCUGGAGCAGUUGAUCCUGCCCAGGUUGAAUUCACAGGCCCAUGCAAUAGCUGUGUACAGAUGAAACUAAUCACCGGUCAUGGAACUGGAUGAUGAAAGGGACGGUGAUCUUUGCAAGUUUUUAGGUUUAAAGGACAGAGUUCUGUCAAAUUUGCAGGGUAAGUUUUUGGGUGUUGUGUACAUAAAUGCCCUAGAACUUGAGGAAGGUGAGGCAGGCAUAGAAUUGUGUGUACAGAGGUCUCAUCUUACCUUAUGUUUUAGACUUCAAGGUUUAAACAUUUUCUUCGUUGUUUUGGAACCCCUUAAUUGCUUCCCCAGCUUAGAGUGGAGGGGCCAUAUUUCUUGUUGCCCCCAUAGGUUAUGUAGAUUAUGUUCCCAUUUGCCUUGGAUUAUUAGGAAUCAUCGUUAAUUUUUGUGAAUACAACUCUUUGGAACUGUUGUAAAUCCUGAUCAAUAUAGAACAGUUUUCAUCCAUCAGUGAGUAAAACAACUACCUGUCC